GGCGCCGUUGCCGCGGUCAGCCCGCGGAGGGGGGGUAUGCGAGGAGCUCCCGCGAAGCCCGUCCCCGGCUCCCCGGGCUGGAAGCGGGAGAUUAUCUUGAUAAUGGCAAUAAUAAAAUGGCAAUCCAGCAGGCGGAUAAACUGCUCAAAAAACACAAGGAUCUUCACUGUGCAAAGGUUCUAAAGGCAAUUGGCUUACAGAGAACUGGCAAGCAAGAUGAAGCGUAUGCUCUGGCACAAGAAGUAGCAGCACUUGAACCCACAGAUGAUAAUUCCUUGCAAGCACUAACUAUUCUUUACCGGGAAAUGCAUAGACCGGAACUGGUAACUAAACUUUAUGAGGCAGCUGUAAAGAAGGUUCCCAACAGUGAAGAGUAUCACUCUCAUCUCUUCAUGGCCUAUGCCAGGGUCGGAGAAUACAAGAAGAUGCAACAGGCUGGAAUGGCACUUUAUAAGAUUGUACCCAAAAAUCCUUACUAUUUUUGGUCUGUGAUGAGCCUGAUUAUGCAGUCUAUUUCAGCACAGGAUGAAAACCUCUCAAAGACGAUGUUCUUGCCGCUAGCGGAAAGAAUGGUGGAAAAAAUGGUGAAAGAGGAUAAGAUUGAAGCUGAGGCUGAAGUCGAACUGUACUACAUGAUUCUGGAACGUUUGGAGAAGUAUAAGGAAGCCUUAGAUGUUGUGAGAGGAAAACUAGGAGAGAAGCUGACAAGUGAGCUCCAAAGCCGUGAGAACAAGUGUAUGGCAAUGUACAAGAAGCUGUGUAGGUGGCCAGAGUGCAAUGCGCUGUCAAGAAGGCUGCUGCUGAAAAACUCAGAUGAUUGGCAGUUUUAUAUAACUUACUUUGAUUCAGUGUUUCAACUCAUUGAUGAAUCCUGGACACCUCCACCAGAAGAAGAGCACUCUUUGGAAGGAGAGGUACACUAUUCUAUAGAGCAAGCUGUGAAAUUUAUAGAAGAGAGGAUAACAGAAGAAUCUAAGAGCUCUCGGCCACUUCGGGGACCAUAUUUAGCUAAACUGGAGCUGAUUAGACGUUUGCGAUACAGAGGUUGUAAUGAUGAAUAUAAACUAGGUGAUCCAGAAGAACUAAUGUUCCAAUACUUCAAAAAAUUUGGGGACAAACCCUGCUGUUUUACUGAUCUCAAAGUAUUUGUUGAUCUCCUCCCACCCAGCCAAUACACAAAGUUCAUCAGUCAAUUGCUGGAAGUAAUCCCUCUGUCAGCAACAGCAGAGAGUGACAUCGCACUGCCAGCCGAUAUCAAAGCUCUGCAACAACAUUUGUGUGUGGUGCAGCUCUCAAGAUUGCUCGGUAUCUAUCACGCCAUGGAUAAGAAGCAAAAGCUGACUGUGGUCCAGGAGUUGAUGUUAAGAUACCGUCAUGGAUUGGAGUUUGGGAAAUCUUGUUUGAAAACUGAAUUGCAGUUUUCAGAUUAUUACUGCCUGCUUGCAGUUCACCUGCUGCUUGAUUUGUGGCUAGAAGGUGAAGAGACGGCUGUGUGGCAGUGCCUAACUCUCUUAGAAGAAGGAUUAUCUCAUAGUCCUUCUAAUGCUCAGUUUAAAUUGCUGCUCAUUCGAAUCUACUGCAGGCUUGGUGCAUUUGAACCUGUUGCAGAGCUCUAUUCCAGCCUUGAUGCAAAACACAUACAGCACGACACCAUCGGCUAUCUUCUGACGCGCUAUGCAGAGUCACUGGGCCAUUACGCUGCUGCAUCCCAAUCCUGCAAUUUUGCACUCAGGUUUUUCCACUCCAACCAGAAAGAUACCUCAGAAUAUAUCAUUCAAGCCUACAAGUACGGUGCAUUUGAGAAGAUCCCAGAAUUCAUUGCAUUUAGAAAUAGGCUGAACUCUUCCCUUCACUUUGCACAAGUUCGCACAGAACGGAUGUUGUUAGACCUCUUACUUGAAGCAAAUAUAUCAACCAGUUUAGAAGAAAGUAUAAAGUCCAUGAGUCUGAGCCCAGAGGAAGAUGACAUUCCGUGGAAAGAUUUGCGUGACAACAGAGACCUGACAGUCCUGUUUAACUGGGAUCCAAAAGACAGGGACAUUUCCGAAGAACAUAGGAAACUCUCCCUGGAAGAAGAAACUAUGUGGUUGCGAAUCCGGUCUUUAACAUUAAGGCUAGUAAGCGGACUCCCAACUCUUAGUCACACUAUUCAACCAAAGAACUCUGAAAAGACUGCAGAGAACGGCGUUUCAUCCAAGAUUGAUACAAUUCGAUCCCUGCUUCAGCAGCUGGAAGCGGCAGUGGAUUCAGGGAAGAAGUUUCUAGAACAAAAAAUUCAGUAUCCUGUCCUUGGCCCUCCUCCUACCCGAAUGGCUGGCUUCUUCAGUAAUGGCAGCUGUCAGUGCCAGACUAGCUUGUUUUAUCUUGUUAGUGAUAUUUAUGAACUAGAUACCAAUGGCUUAGAAGAUUCAGCAGAAAUCCAGGAGAGGAUAGGGAAUAGUUUCAAGUCUUUGAUAGAACGACUAACAGAAUUGUUCAAUAAAUGUAAAGGUGAUUUGAUUGAAGUCAGAGAUGGCACCUUGAAAACUCAUCCAAACCUGUUAGAAAACCUAGUCUUCUUUGUUGAGACGAUCUCCAUUGCCCUGUGGGUAUCAAGUUACUGUGACAGUGUCCUCCGACCUUUUAAAUCCAACCUGCAAAAAAAGAAGAAGAAAAAAAAAGAAAGCAGUGUAGCUAUGCCACCGGUAUUUACACAUUUUCUGGAUUAUGUUACUGAACUACAGACGUUAACUUCCAAUGUAAUAGAUCACAUCAAAGGGCUUGAAAUGAUUCUGACUGCACUAAAACUUGAAGAGCUGUCCCUCAAGGACACUCUGCUUUUACAGGAAGAAAAAAAGUUUACAAAGACUGUGCAAGGGAAGGUCCAGAGCAGUUACCAUCACUCGGUUCAGGAAAUUGGAGAGCUGCUGAAAAAGAGACUCGAUACCAUUAAAAAACUAAAGAUUUGAGAAAUGCAUCCUUGACUGGCUCCACAGGGGAGUGACACCAGAGUCCCAGACAGAAGCAACAUCCAAUAUACCAUCACUUUAAUCCCGAACUUCCUCAUAAUGCAUGAAGGACUUAAAAUCAUAAAACAAUUUUUUUAGGUAUUACAGAUGUAUUGAGCUGAUUUAAAUUAUUGUACAUAAACGAGAAGCAGGGACCCUUAUCGGGGCUUGACCACUUUUUAUACAUGUUCAUAAGUAUAUUGCAACAGGAGAAAAUUAACUUUCUUCCCUUUUGAUCUCUAGAAACAACUGGAGAUGGUCUUUAGAAGCAGCAAUAGAAAUCCAGUGUAAAGCAUAUAUCUCAAAGGAAUUGUAUUUUCAUCACCAUACAGUGUUUAUAAUUUUUGUAUGGUCCUUGCCUUAGAAAUGCAGAAAUUGUAGAUGCCCGCAUUCAGCCACCUCCAGUGAAGUGAGCCGUUUUGGAGUUGCCUAUUUUGUCUGCAAGCCACCUGGUCCCACUGAAUUAAUUCCAUGUGUUGGUCCAGCAGGGAGAGGGGAGGCUGCGCUGGAGGAACACCCUCAUCAUCCAGCCUUCCAGCAGAGCCCAGCCCUCCAGCGCAGGGGGGAAGAGGUGGUGGUUUCAGUGUACACACAGGUUGUUUUCACCGUUCAGAGAAAAUACAAACUUGAUGAGGAGCAAACUUGGCUGUUAAGCUUUAGAGAGAGAGAUGGGAAUCAGUGUUUCAGCAAAAAAAGACAAACUGAGAGACCUUGUGUAUAUAAUAGGUGCAGUGAAGUCUGACACUGCAGUCUGGUUUCAUGUCAGUUUAAUGUAAAACAGCAAUCAUCAUGACUUUUAAAAAGUGUAUUUAGAUUACUGAAACUUUAAGACUUAAAUAUUUUAAUAGAAAUUAAAUCCUAUUGGCUUUGGUUUUAAGUUGGCAGAGGUAACUUUUGCUUCCGCUGUGGUAUGAGGCUGAGAAUACUUUUUGUAACUGUAUGCUUGCUUUUUGCAGUUGAUCUUUCAUUAUUCAAGUACUAGCUCAUUAGGCAUUUUGUUAGAAAGUGCAGUCGCAUCAUCUGCCCCCACUCACUGAAUCUGCAUUUCUGCUGGGUUUUUUUGUUUUGAAGGAGUAAUGCAGCCUAAAAUUGGGAGGCAAAAAAAGGUACAUGUACCUGCAAUACAAGGGACAGGUCAGACUUUACAGAUUCCUCAUCUUCUGAUAUAAAGCAGCUAGUAUCUCAAGUCUAUAUUUAAAGUUUUAAGAGAGCUGACAAUCUUACCUUUGUCAUCUCUUCUAUGUUUUGUUAGUAAUGCUAGAAUGUUGAUGAGAGUAUUUUUUUAAAAUAAAUCCCCUGUAUAAAAAAAAAAAAAAAAAAAAAAAAAGCUGCUCUUGCUGGAUUUAGUUUUACUUUGUCCCAUCCUGAAAGGGAAAGAAGAAUGUCUGCAAAUUGUCCAAAUUGUAAUGGAUGUCCUGAUGGUUUAAUUGCAGUGUCUGGUAAGUGCUCUGGGCUGGAGGAAUACUGAAAUGUGUUAAGUCUGUUUUAUAGUAAUACUUUUCCUGGAAAAGAAAAAGAGAAAAAAGAAAAAAAAAAGAAUGAACUCUUCUAUGUUGUAUAGAAAUACUUUUUUUGGAAGAAAGGUGUGCUCCUUAAAUUAAAGCAAGACUGAUGACUGAGUUGAUGCUUUAAAGUGUGUAGGGUAAGUGGAAACAGUCCCAUUGCUGAGGUGAUGCCAUUCACAGAGAAGCACUGAGCCAGAAAUCUGCACUGUCCCUUCUCAUUCAAGGAAGCAAAUGGCUGUUGCUGAUGUUCCUAUCCCCUCCCUCCCCCGGCACUGCUAACUCGAGGGAGCUUCGCCCAAACACCAGCAUUGGACGUAAAGUUGAUGGAGCACCCUCAUCCAGAGGGGACAGUCCAGGGGCUGAUUUAUGCUGGAGUUUCUUUCCACUGCUGCUACAACAGGUUGAACUCAACCAGUCGUAUCAAUAAGCAAUGGUGAAAAUGUAAGUGUAAGGUUAAUGUAACCAAGCUUUUUAAAUCCUCCCAUGUGCCUGAAAGCAGAACUUGCUUUAAAAAAAGGUUUUCUGCAUCAGCUCCCUUAAAAGCAGAAUUGAAACUGCUGCGGGGGGAUUGUGGACAUGUGUCAUCUGAAGCAAAGUCUGAGAAGGGAUGGAACCAUGACUUGUUCUUGCUUCCCAUCGCAGCAUUUGACACGGUGCAGGCACAGCGUGGGCCGGUCACUCAAACCAUCCCCGUGCCAGCACAGAGGAAUAGACUGCUUCUCAGUGCUAGCUGCUGUCCCGUUUCCAGUUCCAGCCACUGGCAAAUGAUAAGCUUGUCAAACAAUUUUUGGAUUACUCAGUGUUUUAUAAAACCAGAUGCCAUCUCUUCCUGAGCUGUAGUUUCUCUAUAGGAGGAAACUGUACAAAAAUGAUUGUGUACUGAUUGUUUUGGGGCUUGGGUGAGGGAGAACUUCUCUCCCCCUAUAAAUUGUGUACAGUUAAAUAUAUAUUUCUUACGAAAGAGCAUUUCCCUUCCAGAAUAUGUCCCACAGGAACCUGGUAAGAAAUUCAAGCUAUAACCCGUUGCUGCUGUUCCCCCUCUUCUGAUCUUGGGAUUUGUUUUUGUUUCAGAUUUUUUUUUUUUUUGGUGAUGAAUUGAAAAACAUACUUAGAAGAAGCUACCAAGACUACUGUUUACAGACUGAAAAAAUACUGCUUUUAUACUACUGGGAUCAUGAGCCACGAUCCUUUUACAGGUUUCCUCAACUCCUCUUUGCUCAAAAUCAGUGUCUGAUGUAGAUCAAAGUCAGAAGUCUCCUACCCUGCUUUGUCUACAUCCAGGACAAAAUGUACAACGCGUUUGUGUUGCCCAUCAUUUUUGUACAUUUUAACUGUUCAAAAAUUGCAUUUAUAUUUUGCAAUCAUUGAUAAUCAUGACUUUAUUUUAACCGCUAGUAAUCUUAGAGGGGUUUUUUUUGUUGUUGUAUCUGCAGCCUUAUUUGAACUUUCUCUUCCUUGACUAUUCAUUGUUAAUUUAUGACUGUAGAAGAGAUGUAUGCCUCAGCCUUCUACGGACUUAAGUGACACAACUGCACCUGAUCUGCUUUAAACUGGAUGGGUUUAUAAUUUAUAUAAAAGUCAGUUUCGUUACAAA